GGGUCCCACGCUGUUUCCCCCAAAAGCUCUUCACUCACUCACUCCCCCUCCCAAUAUAUAAACAGAGCCGCCAAUCCCAAAAUCCCCCAUCAUUCACAAAAAUUCGAAAGAAUCCCAAUCCUAACUACUCCUUAACAAAUAUCUGCGACGGCUUCAUCGUUUCCACUCCAGUUUACAAUUUUUUUUAACGUAAUUUGGAAAAUCCGAAACAAGUUUUAAAUUUGUUUUGGCAACUAUGGUGAAGCCGGAGACUGCAGGGAAGCCGGGCGAGAGAUCAUCGAGCGACGAGUUGAGGUACAAGGGCGUGAGGAAGAGGAAGUGGGGCAAGUACGUCUCCGAGAUCCGUCUGCCCAACUGCCGCCAGCGGAUCUGGCUCGGCUCCUACGACUCCGCCGAGAAGGCCGCCAGGGCCUUCGACGCCGCCCUCUUCUGCCUCCGCGGCCCCUCCGCCAGCUUCAACUUCCCCGACAACCCGCCCCAGAUUUCCGGCGGGAGGUCCCUCACACCUUCCGAAAUCCAAGCCGAAGCCGCCCGGUACGCGAAUUCCGGUCCCUCCCAGAGCAGGGGCACGGAUCGCUCGCUGUCCACGUCAUCAUCAUCGUCAUCGUCCGAAAUACACGUGGAGUCUCCAUCGCCGUCGGUUUCGGAUGGGGUGGCCCAGAUGGGCAACGAAACGGAAACGCCGCUUGACGGGUCGUUUCUGGAUCUAUUUUCGACCAUGGGCAGCGCCGAGAAUGUUACUGUACCCGGGACGUCGUUUGAUAUUUACCCGGAUUAUGAUGAUUUCUCCACUGACUUUUUCGUGCCGCCAAUGCCUCCUAAUGUGGAUUACGGUGGUGAAGAAAAUAAUUGUGAUGCCAAUUUCUCACAAAAUUCAUCGUACCUUUGGAACUUCUAAUUUAAAAAAAAAGAAAAAAAAAAGAAAGAAAGUUGGCCAAUAGGUUAAAAUUCGAUGGUGCCUGUCUGUCAGGGAUUCUUGAAAUUUUUUAGUUGUUUGGAUAGCUGACAUUCUUUCAUACAUCAUCAUAGGACAAAAUCUUCGAGAAGCUAGGAGAGCAUGGAUUGACCAGUUUUUUUAAUGGUCUAUCCUCUUUUCUUUUUUAUUACAUAUAUAUAUAUAUAUAUAUAUAUAUAUAUAUACAACACUCGGGUAUUUGACUUUUCAUGGAGGUACAAAAUAAAGUUCAAUUGUCAACCAGACGUGGGACAAACAAAUGUAUUUCGUCUUUGUAAUUUUUGUGGAUUCUUUGCUUCAUUUAGUGGAAUAAUUGUUAUUUUGAUCUUGAA